GUGGGAAUUGACCCUCUCAAACCUAACCCGUCCUUCACCUGUAUGCCCCCUUGCUUCAGGUUAAUCAAUCUACCUCUUUUGCGCGUUUCUAGUCAUCAUGCGCUUCAAUGCGUUCCUCUUCUCGGCCCUGUGUGUCAGUCCACUGGCCUGGAUUGAUGCCGUCGCGGCGGACAGCUGCAAGGCUCUGACCGACGAGAAUGUCGCGGACCUCAGCGACUGCUGCAGUGGGACCCGGCCGCGCAAUGAGACGGUCAACUUCAACCUCAUCGAGAUAUCCUGUGACCAGCGGCCUGCGUCUACUGGCUCCAUCUCCAGACUCAAGAUGAACUCGGCCGUGAACUGUGUCGGCCUGGUGCUCCGCGGCGACCGCGCGCUGGUGGCGUCGUGGGAUCCCGUGCGGAGGGAAUGCUGGUACACCAAGGCCCGCGACCCGCCGCUGACCAAUGCCCCGGGGUUCCUCCUCAUGCGCUACCAGGAGGAGAUGGAGCAGGAGGAUUGUACCAUCCGCGUGAAGCAGGUCGAGGACAAGUGCCGGCAGGACCUAGCGGCGGAGGAGACGAAAUGCGAUCAGGAGAAGGCCGCAGACAAGACCAAGUGCGACCAAGACAAGAGUACUUUGGAGACGGAUACUUUGGAGACGGAGUGCAAUAUGAAGCUUGAGGAGCAGAAGAAGGAGGCCCAGAACCAACUUCAACAGUGCCGCCGGGAGGGUCAGAGUCAUCUUGGAAAUGGCGCAUGGCCGAAGAACGAGGCGAUGACCAAUAAGAGACUUGCAGCCACUGCGCUCGCAUACUCGCCCAGUGACCCCAAUCAGCUGGUGACCGUCGACUUCGCCCGGAAUAUCGACAUCCACGAUGUGACGACGGCACAGACCAGGCGGUUGACCACAAUGCAAUCGAGCGACGGUGUCGCGACGAGCAUUGCCUGGCACCCGGACGGCCAGUCGGUUCUGGUGGCAUGUUACUAUGGGGUCGUCAAGAUCUAUACCGUCGGACCACCGGGCACAACUCCCAGUAUCUACACGUUACUGGACGAGAAGAAGGAGUCCAGGGGGAUGAAGGUCACAUUCUCGCCCGAUGGAAACACGGCUGUCGCUGGCCUGGAAGACGGCCGCGUUCUUCUGUGGGAUGUGGCGACUCGUACUCGACUGCCCCUCUCAGCACAAGACAAGCACUCCGCCGCGGUCAAUGGUCUGGCCUUCUCCUCCAAGGACGGGACUUUGGUGACCGCGUCUUCUGAUAAGACUAUCAAGUUCUGGGCCGGGGGCAAAGUGACCCAGACACACCCUCUGAACGUCGAGGUUCGCAGCGUGGCCUUCUCCCCCAGCGGGGUCCACCUUGCCUGCGGCUUGCAAGACUCCAGUAUCAAGAUCCUAGACGCUGCGACCCGCACCCAGCGCCGGGACCUUCGGGCGCACGCCUCUGCGGUGGUGGACGUGGCAUUCUCCGCCGACGGGAACGCACUGCUCUCUGCCUCCGAGGACCGAACUGUUCGCGUCUGGUCCUUGAUUGGAGACUAUGCGCAGGCCACGGAUACAGACAAGAAGGCCCAAGCCAUUGCUGUGUCACCGGGAGGAAAUUCUCUCGCCGUACUGUUCGACAUGCGGCCGGUGGUUUUCUACGCGAAGCCCUAAGCUCCACCGUAACAACGGUGAUAUCGAAGUGCAGUACACUAGGAGUUCACCCCGGGUAGCCAGCGGGGAUUCCUCGGUGAUUAUUCAUCUACGUCGAGGUUUACCGCUCAAUUCGAAGAUGUUAAUGUUAUAGUCCAAUGUGAUUUCAUCGUUAACAAAGCUCCUUGGGAAGUGCUCCGGAGGCUGCACUUGUAUAAUCAUGCAAGAUGACGAGACCGAGGUGGUAUCCUGAUCUCGAGCUAUACUCGACAGUAAUGUAGUACAAUCCACUCAUCUCAAUUCUAAGCAGGCAAAUGGCUGGUUUUGCGUGAUGAACUUAAGGCGUAGUACAACUGACUACCUAGGUACAAUACAUAUUUGAGGGUCAAGGGCCUCCAUCCU